AUGAAUAUACCAGUAUUAAUUAACCAGUAUAUUGCUUUAGAUGACGAUGAUUUAGAUAAGAAAGGUUAUAUUGAUGAUGUUACUCGUUACAUAAAUACAGAACAAUUAACUUUAUUACAAUUAAUUCAAUAUCUUGGUCCAUUUUUAACUGAUGAACGAGAUUUGAUAAGAUCAAAGUCAUUAUCAUUAUUAUCAUAUAGUUUGAACGGUAUUAAUACGUUAUCUAGACAAGAUAUUAAUGUAUUAAUUGAUUUUUAUUUGAAUAAAUUUGACGAUUCUACUAAAUUUGUACUUCAGGGUCUAUCUUCGUUAAUUAAUUUUAAUAAUUAUUUACCGAUUAAUACUGAUAAAAUUUUAAAUAAAUUACUUGAUUAUGAUCCAAAGAAACAUUUAGCGAAAGUUAGAUAUGAAGCGUUUAAAAUUUUACAAAAUCUUUCCAAAUUUGAAAUUACAGAAUUAUAUAUCAAAACAUUUAUUCAUAUUGCUUCUGGUGAAAAAGAUCCGAGAAAUUUAUUAAACUCGUUUGAAAUAAAUACAUUGAUUAAUAAAAGAUAUACAUUUGGUGACGAUUCACCACUAAUUGAAGAAUUAUUUGAUAACUCCUUCUGCUAUUUUCCAAUAAGUUUUAAACCACCAGCUAAUGAUCCAUAUAAAAUAACAGCACAAGAUUUAAAAUUAAAAUUAAGGGAAACUUUAGCUUCUCAAAGUCUUUUUGCCAAAGACGCUAUAUUAAAUUUGAUCGAAAAAUCUUCUUCUACAAAUUCAGAAAUCAGAUUAGACACAUUGAGAACAAUACGAGCAUGUGUCGAGAAUUAUAAUAAUAUAGAGGAUUAUUGGUUGCUGUUGUACAAUAGUUUAAAAUUUCAAAUUUUACAUAGCACUGAAAUUAUAGAUUUAUUUAAAUCUACAGAUGAUGAUUUUACCGAUGAUGGAGAAGAAAAAGAGAUUUAUUAUGAAACUUUAAGUAUAUUAAAAAUCUUAAUUACUAAAUCAAAUUUAAUGUUGGAUUAUGUACUCGAUGAAAUUAAACAAAAUUUCAAUUUAACUGAAAAAUCUUUAAAUUCAUCAAUCUUGUUGUUUUCAAUAUCCAAUGAUGUGACAUUCAGUAAAAUUGUAAAUUAUUUAUUUAAAUAUGAAUUGUUGGGAAAGUUUUUAGUUGUCGAACAGCCUGAUGAAUUUGACAAAAAUGAAGAUUUAUCAUUAAAUGUUUCAAAACAACGUAAUUUCAUAGACGUAUUAGGAUAUAUUUUUAGUGCUUAUAAUCAAGUUUCAAAACCGAACGCAUUAGAUAAUUAUAAGGAGCAUAUAUUAAUUUUUUUAAGUCAAUUGUUAAAUUUCACAUCCAACUUUGAAAAAACUUUGAAACGAAAAGUAGUUUCCCUUCUUAUUAAAAUGAUGAGGUAUAAUUUUUUAACUACUUCCGAAAUUGAUUUGGUAUUUACAUAUUUCAAAGAAUUUUUGGUGCAAAGUGUCACUGAAUUAAAAGAAGAUAUAGUUGUGGUGGAAAUAAUUAAUGGGUUGACAUUAGUUAACCCUUCAGAAACUAUAAUUAAUCCAUUAUUAGACUUACUUGAUGAUGAUAUAAUUAAAUUUAAAUUUGUGAUCAACAUUUUAUCACGACUUUGUAAUUCAAAUCAAGCUUUGGAACUUUUAUCAAUUAGGUUGUUAAAUAAAAUUACUGAACUGAAUGUUCAAGUGAUUACUGAAACAUUAUACAUCUUAAUUAUAAAAAUUCAAAACAAGUCACAAUUCUUUAUGAAUAGUUGGUUAAAUUUUUUAAAAAUAUAUUUAGAUAAAUUGGAAAAUAUGAACAAGAGCAAUUCGCUUAUAGAAAUAUCAGGAGAUUUGAUUGGAUUGAUAAUUAAAUUUAUAGAUGUUUCAAAACAUCAAGAAGUAUUGAAUCAUUACAAGUCACAAUUUAAGUUUGUUUUUGAAAAACCAUCUAUUGAAAUUGGAAUAUUCAAUAAAAUAUUAUCAAGUGUGGAUAAAUCAUGUGUUUUGGAUGUUCCAGAAAUACCUACUACAUUUGAUACAUAUCUUAGAAUGCAGUAUCUAUUAACUAUUUCAUUGUUAGUUAAUAAAUUUGACUUUAAGGAAAUUCAAUUCAAAUCUGAAACUGAAAAUUUUGAUUAUUGGAUAUGGUCUUUAAAGGGGCUCUUAAUGAAACUAGAUCCGAAAGGAUUAUCUCAAUUACAAUAUCUACUUGAAUUAUAUAAAUCUACAAAUUCAAAAUUAGUAGGAAGAUCAUUUCAAAUAUUAUUCAUAGAUUUAAAAAUUUUUGAAAAUAAAGAUCUUCCUAAAAAAUUGAUUUCAAAAACUAAUAAUUUGAAUGUAAAGGUUCUUUAUAAACAGAGAAUCUUUGAAAUUAUUUUACCUUAUUUGAUUCAAUCAGAUAAUUUUGAAGUUUCAUUUAGUGCAUUAUCUUUAAUUAUUGAAAAUGUGAGUAAAAGAAUACUAAUCAAUCAUAUAAAAACAAUACUUCCAAUAUUAAUGACAUCAUUUGAAAAUAAUUUAAAUCAUAUUGCAAGUUUAAAAAUUUUAAAUAUCAUAUUAUCUGAAAAUCCUCAGAUUUUGAAAGGAGAUAUAAAUCAAAUAAUUCAAGUUUUGAUUAAAUUAUCGAGGAAUAAUAAACUUGAAGUUAGAGAGUUAGCAAUAAAGGAUUUAAUUUUAAUAUUUAAAGAAUUUGACAAUCUUGAAAGGUACAAGAAUGAUAUUUUGAAACCAUUGAAACAUGGAUUAGAUGAUAAGAAAAGAGUAAUAAGAAAAUUGACAAUUGAUUUAAUUCAAAUUUUACAUGAAUAUAAGUAA